ACUGUGUUCAUAGUAGAGUAGUAAAAUGUGGUCUUCAGAAAGAUUGCACAUUCUUAUGAGUCUUCUUUCUUUCCGCUCACAGGAAAUCAUGACGAAAGAGGAUAUCAUCAUCACCGGCAUCUCCGGACGAUACCCGCAAGCAGACAGCUUGUCGGAGUUCAAGGAGAAGCUCUUCGGGGGCGUCGACCUUAUCACGGACGACGAGGCUCGCUGGCCACGAGGUUUCCUCGGAGUGCCCGAGAGAAUGGGAACCAUCAAAGACUUGUCGCGCUUCGACGCAAGCUUCUUCGGAGUGCCGCCUAAGCAGGUGCAGCUCAUGGACCCUAUGCUGCGUCUUCUUUUAGAAACUUCGUACGAAGCCAUCGUCGAUGCCGGCUACGAUCCGGCAACGCUGAGAGGACGCAAGAUUGGCGUCUUCAUGGGAACCGUACUGUCCGAGACGUUGAUUGCGUUUGCCGGUGACGCGGCCACGAUCGACGGUUACAUCAUGACCGGAGCAUCGCUGCAUAUGUUCUCGAAUCGGGUCUCCUACUGCCUCGACUUUUGCGGACCAAGCAUGACGAUCGACGCGGCAUCCUCCUCGACCAUGACAGCAUUGAGCCUAGCGCUGCAGUCGCUUCGCUGUGGUGAAUGCGAGGCGGCCAUCGUUGGGGGCUCCAAUGUCAUGCUCGAUCCCGUCUCCACACUGUGCGAGUUGAGAUUCGGCAUGCUAUCACGAGAUGGAAAAAGCAAGAGCUUCAACGCCAACGCGGACGGUUACGUGCGAAGCGAAACCAUAGGAGCCAUGUUUCUUCAGCCGGCUUCGGAAGCACUGAGGUUCUAUGCCAAGGUGAUUAACGUCAGGGGCAACGCAGACGGCUACAAGGUUGAAGGGAUCACAGUUCCGUCGAGCAGGAGGCAGGAGGAGCUUCUUCGCGAAGUGUACGCCGGAGCCAACGUCGACCCACUGAAGGUCACCUACGUCGAAGCCCACGGCACCGGAACGAAGGUGGGAGACCCUCGGGAGAUGGCGGCGCUCAGCAGAUUCUUCUGUGUUCCGGAGCGGAAGAAGCCCCUAAAGAUUGGCGCGGUCAAGAGCAACGCGGGCCAUGCCGAAGGCGCCUCCUCAAUCUCCACGAUUUCCAAGGUGAUCAUCCUUAUGGAAGCAGGCAUGAUCCCGCCAAACUUACACUUCAAUGAUCCUAACCCGAGCAUUUCGUGUCUUCACGACGGAAGCACCGAGGUGAUCUCCAAAGUUACGCCCUUCGAAGGAGGCCUGGUUGGAAUCAACGCGUUCGGAUUUGGUGGGACCAACGUUCAUGCCAUUCUGGAGUCAAACCCGGGACCGCACGUGGACACCAUGACCCGGGAAAAGCCUGAGCUUCCCAGGCUCGUUCUCAUGGCUGGAAGGAGCGAAGACUCGCUGAGAAAAACUCUGGACAGGCUGGAAGCCGACGGACCCUACCCCGAUUCCGCGUACGCCCUCUUGAACCGAGUAGGGCAGCCCAGCGUAAAGCAGUUCCCGUUCCGUGGCUACGCCUUGAUUCCCGUGGACGGCUCACAGAAGGCCGUCACCAAGGUCGUCGAGGAGGUCCUCCCAGCAAAGAGACCACUGUGGUUUGUAUUCACCGGCAUGGGCUGCCAGUGGAAUGGCAUGGCAAGACAGAUGAUGCAGUUCGACGUGUUCGCCCGCUCCAUCCGCACAUCGCAUGACCUACUGGCGAAGAACUUCGGCCUCGACCUCAUCGACCUGGUGACCAGCGUCGAACCGCGAGGCCCGGAAACCGUGGCGAACGUCCUUGUGUCCAUCGUAGCCAUUCAGGCUAGACCUAUUCGAGAGUGA